AUGCGGUUAUGCGUGUUAUCGGUGCUUCUUUGUUUCGUGCUGUAUUCAGAACAGAAGUCAACACCACAAGAUGACAGCUACGUGGCCGCGGUGGUCGAGUACGAAGUUAGGAGUGACGUCGCUACCAACAUUAAAAACUAUCUGCAGCUCAUUCAAGAUGCUGCAGAGCAGAAUGCUGAUAUAAUUGUGUUUCCUGAGAUGACCCUCACGCGUGGAGAGCGCCGGGUGUCGAUUCCGAUACACGGCCUUCUUAAGGACUUCCCGGUGCCCGCUGUUCGAUCGGACCUAUAUGACGAGAUCUUGGUGUCCAUAUCAGGAGCUGCACAGAAGCAUGAAAUGUACGUCGUGAUAAAUGUACAAGAAGUCAUGGACUGCAACAAUGCGACCGAAGAAUACUGUCCAGAAAAGAAAGUGUACUUAUUCAACACCAACGUGGUUUUUGACCGGACUGGCGCAGUUAUUGAUAGAUACCGAAAGAUAAAUUUAUUUGGCGAGUACACCCGCACACCAGCCUUGAAGCCAGACCUCGGCAUAUUUACUACCGACUUCGGUGUCACAUUUGGUCAUUUCAUCUGCUUCGAUCUGAUGUUCCAAGUGCCCGCUGUGCAGGUGGUUGAGAAGCACAAUUUGACUGAUGUCAUCUUUAGUACUAUGUGGUUCUCGGAGAUGCCUUAUUUGACAGCCGCACAAAUUCAAGAAGCCUACGCUUACGCUAUGAAAGUCAAUUUCCUGGCAGCAGGAGCUAACAAUGUCAACGUGGGAAGUGCAGGUUCGGGCAUUUAUUCGGGAAAAGCUGGGGCAUUGAUCAGCGUAAUGCCUGGAAUUCCUACCACUAGCGUUUUUGUGUCAAGAGUUCCUAAAGUACCAGGAAAGGUGAAAGAAUCAUAUCCAGGUCCAAUAAGCGACGAUCCUAGGUCUCUCGAUAGUCUGGUGUUGAUCAGUGAUCCAUCAUUACCGUCGCAUGUUAGCCGUCCGCUGGUAGAAGGCUCCCAAGAGUUUAUUCUUACGGACAAAGACGUCUCCUGCAUGUUUAGGGCUAAGCUUCAACAUAGUACUGGAGAACAAGGUCCACACUAUAGGGCUUUCGUCAAGGAUAGCGUCAACACGUACUCCCGACGUGACUUGGGCGUGGCUGCUUGCUCAGUGAUUGCAUGUAAAAAUGAGAGCGUCAAAAGCUGUCCGUUCAGGUUCAACAAAACGGAAGAGAAUGUGAAAAUAGAAGAACUAGUGAUAGAGAUGACAACAUAUCGUCUCCACUACAACACCUCUCUCCAAUGCGAUGAUAUCGUUUACUAUCCAACAUCGCUCAAAAACAACAAAUUCGCAAUAAGGCCGAUGAACUUUACUUUCGAAGAAACUUCUAAACAAGAAGCUGGAAGUUCUAUUGGUAACAGUGUUGAAAUAAAUACGAAAGGAAGAAAAGAGCACAUAACGUACAAACUAAAUGCACCUCAAACUGAUUUGGUCGCAUUUGGCGUCUGGGGUAGAAUUUAUAAUAGAGAUGUAGAUCAUAAUAAACCCCCAACUCAAGAGGAUUUGCAAAACUAUUUGGAGAUAGAAGACUGGAUGUAUAAGAAAGAAAAGAAGCAGGAAUAA